AUGGUACUGAAGGCAUGUGUGAAGGUAGAGCAAAAUAGGGAAACUGAAGUAGCUGGAAAUGAGUGGGGCAAGGUAUCUGCUGUGCUUUUUGAUAUGGAUGGAGUGCUGUGCGAUAGUGAAGAGCCUUCAAGAAUGGCGGCUGUUGAUGUUUUUGCUGAGAUGGGAGUUGAAGUUACAGUGGAGGAUUUUGUGCCAUUCAUGGGCACAGGUGAAGCAAACUUCUUAGGAGGUGUUGCUAAUGUAAAGGGAGUUAAGGGAUUCGAUCCCGAGGCUGCGAAAAAAAGGUUCUUUGAGAUAUAUCUAGAUAAGUAUGCAAAACCAAAUUCUGGAAUAGGAUUCCCAGGUGCCCUUGAACUUAUUACGCAGUGUAAAAACAAAGGCCUGAAAGUUGCUGUUGCAUCUAGUGCUGAUCGUAUCAAAGUUGAUGCUAAUUUAGCGGCAGCUGGCUUACCAGUAUCAAUGUUUGAUGCUAUUGUGUCGGCAGAUGCUUUUGAGAAUUUGAAACCAGCUCCUGACAUUUUCUUGGCAGCAUCAAAAAUCUUGGAUGUGCCCACUGGUGAGUGUAUUGUUAUUGAAGAUGCACUAGCUGGAGUACAGGCCGCAAAAGCUGCACAGAUGAGAUGCAUUGCUGUGACCACUACAUUGUCGGAAGAGAUUCUAAAUGAUGCCAGUCCGUCUCUUAUCAGGAAGGAGAUAGCGAAUAUCUCGCUUGAUGAUAUUCUCAGUGGUGGAUCUGGUGGCUAUAAUGAGAAGAUGCAGGGACCACAGGUUCUGCACACUUCUUCACAAACUUCAGCUGCAAUGCUCGAAGAAAGUGCUGAAAAUGGGUCAAUUCUUAACCAAGUUGCUACCUAUGACAAUGUUUCCUCAAUUAAGGGGUUGCAGGGUUCUCGUCGUGAUAUAGUGAGAUAUGGCAGUUUGGGAGUUGCUCUUUCUUGUCUGUACUUCACCGUCACAAACUGGAAGGCAAUGCAAUAUGCUUCACCUAAAGCUGUAUGGAACUUGUUGUUUGGAGUUAAGACGCCAUCCUUUGAACAGAAUGAAAGUACAGGCAACUCAAAAUCCUCAAGAGUCAAACAGUUUGUAAAGUAUAUAUCUGAUCUAGAAACCAAGGGAAAUGCCACCGUUGUGCCAGAAUUUCCAGGUAAACUUGAUUGGCUGAAUUCAGCUCCGCUUCAGUUUCGGAGGGUCACUGUUGUGGGGGUACAUUCAGCUAAAUUCGACAAUGAGAAAGAUUUAGAAGCCAUCCACAAUGCAGUCUUGCGUUACAACAUCUCUCACCCAGUUGUCAAUGAUGGAGAUAUGAUUCUGUGGCGUGAGCUAGGUGUCAAUUCAUGGCCCACAUUUGUCAUUGUUGGACCAAAUGGUAAGCUUAUUGCACAAUUAUCAGGAGAAGGCCGCCGAAAGGAUCUUGAUGAUUUAAUAGAGGCAGCACUUUUGUAUUAUGGUGAAAAGAAGAUCCUGAACAGCAGACCAAUUCCUUUGAGUUUGGAGAAAAAUAAUGAUCCUCGUUUACUUAGCUCUCCUUUGAAGUUUCCUGGAAAGUUGGCUAUCGAUAUGGUCACCGAUCUAGAUGGGAAUUUUAUCGUCCAAAUUGGCAGCAGUGGAGAGGAAGGUUUGAGAGAUGGUUCUUUUGAUGAUGCCAUCUUUAAUCGUCCUCAGGGUCUGGCUUAUAAUACAAAGAAAAACCUCCUUUAUGUUGCAGAUACUGAAAACCAUGCUUUAAGGUAUGUGCACCUAGGACCUGACAUUUUUUUGAAAGCCUUAGGGAGAUUGAUUUUGUCAAUGAGAAAGUGCGAACUCUUGCCGGAAAUGGAACCAAAGGUUCUGAUUACCAAGGAGGAGGAAAAGGAACAGACCAGGCAAGACCACAAAUACACGGCUUUUCGAUACAGUUUAAAGCUAGAGGACAUCCUUAAUGCUUCCUAUCAACCUCGUUAUUUAAAUUUGGAGAGUAUUCUCAUCCUAUUUCAGGUUCUCAACUCCCCAUGGGAUGUCUCCUUUGAGCCGGUUAAUGGGAAAGUUUACAUUGCGAUGGCUGGUCAGCAUCAGAUAUGGCAGCACAACGUAUCAGAUGGAGUUACUAGAGCCUUCAGCGGUGAUGGCUAUGAAAGAAACUUGAAUGGAUCAAGCCCUACAAGCACAUCAUUUGCCCAACCAUCCGGAGUUUCAUUGUCUCCUGAUUUCGAGCUAUAUGUUGCUGAUAGUGAAAGUAGCUCCAUUCGAGUGCUUGAUCUAAGAACAGGAGGAACCAAGUUGCUAGCUGGUGGUGAUCCAAAUUUCCCUGACAACUUGUUUAAGUUUGGAGACCAUGAUGGUAUAGGGUCUGAGGUACUUCUUCAGCAUCCAUUGGGUGUAUUGCAUUCAAAGGAUGGCCUAAUAUACAUAGCAGAUAGCUAUAAUCACAAGAUCAAGAAGCUAGAUCCAGCUACUAAAAGGGUCACUACAAUAGCAGGAACAGGGAAAGCUGGUUUCAAGGAUGGAAAAGCACUAAUGGCCCAGCUCUCAGAGCCAGCAGGAAUCAUUGAAGCUGAAAAUGGAAGACUUAUCAUAGCUGAUACAAACAACAGUGUAAUUAGGUAUCUAGACUUGAACAAGGAAGAAGCUGAAGUUCAAACUUUGGAGCUGAAAGGAGUUCAGCCUCCAGCACCAAAAUCCAAAUCUUUGAAGCGUCUCCGGAAGCGAUCAUCAGCUGACACGGUGACAGUUAAAGUUGAUGGUGGUUCUUCCAGUGAAGGCAACCUGCGUCUCAAAAUAUCAGUACCUGAAGAAUACCAUUUCUCAAAGGAAGCACGCAAUAAAUUCAGUGUUGAAACUGAGCCCGAAAACGCAGUGCUGAUCGAUCCCUCUGAAGGUUAUCUAGGUUCAGAAGGAACUGCAAGCCUUCAUUUUAAAAGAUCCACUUCCUCACCUUCAAUAGGGAAAAUAAACUGCAAGGUUUACUAUUGCAAGGAAGAUGAGGUCUGUUUAUACCAAUCACUUCUCUUUGAGGUACCCUUCCAAGAAGAAGUUCAAGCCUCUACCCCAUCAGAAGUCACACUUGCAUAUCUUGUGAAGCCUAAAGCUUCACCAAGCAACUCGCAGCUACCGAUUACUGGCUGA